AUGGGACGCUCGGCUGUCCUCCUCGCCGUGGCCCUGGCCACCCUCCUGGCUCCGGGGACAGGGGCUCCCGUCGGCAGGAAGGUCUCCCGGAAUAAGCUGCUGCUGGUGUCCUUUGACGGCUUCCGCUGGGACUAUGACCAGGACGUACCCACCCCCAACCUGGACGCCAUGGCACUCGACGGGGUGAAAGCACGCUACAUGACCCCGGCCUUCGUCACCAUGACCAGCCCCUGCCACUUCACCCUGGUCACUGGCAAAUACAUCGAGAACCACGGCGUGGUUCACAACAUGUACUACAACACCACCAGCAAGGUGAAGCUGCCCUACCACGCCACGCUGGGCGUCCAGAUGUGGUGGGACAAUGGCAGCUUACCCAUCUGGAUCACGGCCCAGAGGCAGGGCCUAAAGACCGGCUCCUUCUUCUACCCUGGCGGGAACGUCACCUACCAAAACGUGGCCGUGACGCUGAGCCGCAAGGAAGGCGCUCUGCACAACUACGGGAACGAGGCGGAGUGGAAAGCCAACAUCGACACGGUGAUGGCCUGGUUCACGGGGGAGGGCCUGGACCUGGUCACGCUCUACUUCGGGGAGCCCGACUCCACGGGCCACAAGUACGGCCCCGAGUCCCAGCAGAGGAAGGACAUGGUGAUGCAGGUGGACAGGACCGUGGGCUACCUCCGGGACAGCAUCAGGAGCAGCGGCCUGGAGGACAGCCUCAACCUGAUCGUCACCUCCGACCACGGCAUGACCACCGUCCACAAGCAGGCCCCGGACCUGGUGGAGUUCCACAAGUUCCCCAACUUCACCUUCAAGGACAUCGAGUUUGAGCUCCUGGACUACGGGCCGAAUGGGAUGCUGCUGCCCAAGGAGGGCAAGCUGGAGACGGUGUACGAGGCCCUCAAGGACGCCCACCCCAAACUGCACGUCUUCAAGAAGGAGUCCUUCCCCUCGUCCCUCCACUACGCCAACAACGCCAGGAUCACCCCCUUGCUCAUGUUCAGCGACCCUGGCUACGUCAUCCACGGGAGACUGAGCGUGCAAUUCAACAAGGGGGAACACGGCUUCCACAACAAUGUCACAGACAUGAAGACCAUCUUCCGGGCCGUGGGCCCCAGCUUCAAGCGGGGCCUGGAGGUGGAGCCCUUCGAGAGCGUCCACGUGUACGAGCUCAUGUGCAAGCUGCUGGGCAUCGUGCCCGAGGCCAACGACGGGUCCCUCAGCGUCCUGCUGCCCACGCUGCAGGAAACCAGCCACGGGCCCCUCAGCACCGUGUCGCCCACGCUGCAGAAAACCAGCCACGGGCCCCUCAGCACCGUGUCGCCCACGUCCCCCUCAGGGAUGGCCGUCAGUCGUGCGGGGCCGCCUUCUCCUUCCCCGCCCCAGACUCUGGAAACGUCUCGAGUACCCGACACCAUGCAGCGCACUUUGCGCAUCUUGGGAGCAGCACAGAAGGGGAGCAGCCUUGUUGGGGGCGGGGAGACUGAGGGCCAGGGAAGGUUUGCCCUCGUGCCACGUGGCUGGUGCCCCUUGGUGGUGGGACUCUCAGUGGCUACGAUUCUUCUGGCCGAGGUCGCAUAA